CGGGUGUAUGCGGCCGCCAGGACGGACGCCGGACGCGCCGGGGCGGGCAGCUGGGAAGCCAGGCGCUGACGGCUGAUAGGGGCGCUCUCCCCCCAGAGCAGCAUGGAUGCCCCCCGAAGGGACAUGGAGUUGCUCAGCAACAGCCUGGCGGCCUACGCACACAUCCGCGCUAACCCCGAGAGCUUCGGCCUCUACUUCGUGCUGGGCGUCUGCUUUGGCCUGCUGCUAACGCUGUGCCUACUAGUCAUCAGCAUCUCCUGCGCGCCCCGCCCGCGACCCCGGGGCCCCGCUCUGCGCCGGGACCCCCGCAGCAGCACGCUGGAGCCCGAGGACGACGACGACGACGACGACGAGGAGGACACAGUGACGCGGCUGGGCCCCGACGAUACGCUGCCGGGCCCCGAGCUGUCCGCGGAGCCGGACGGGCCCCUGAGCGUCAACGUCUUCACGUCGGCUGAGGAGCUGGAGCGAGCGCAGCGCCUGGAGGAGCGGGAACGGAUCCUGCGGGAGAUCUGGCGUACCGGACAGCCGGACCUGCUGGGCACCGGCACACUGGGGCCCAGCCCCACGUCCACGGGCACCCUGGGCCGCAUGCACUAUUACUGACCGGCCCCCGCUCCCGCUUCAAGGCGCUCUGGGCACUGGACGUGCACACGAGCUCAGAGCUGCCCCAGGACCUUCGGACUGCCCCUGCGCACGGUGCUACGGAGGCCCCGCCCCCACGGCUCCCCCGGCGCUAUCGGGCAUGGAUCCCCACCCUCUGGGAGGCAUCUUUUCCCAGUCCUGCCAGACGGCCCUGGGGGGAGAGCAGGACGCAGGGUCCCCACCCCUUCUCUGGGGGACGAUUAAGAGGUGAAGUGACCAAUGAAAGCUGCAUUCUCAGUGACUCAGUCUCCCUCUGUUACCCCUGCCCCUAAUGGCCCCAGGGCUGAGACCCCACUCGAUGCUUUACCAGGCUGACCAUCUCCAUCCACCGUCCGACACCUCAGCACACGUUUGCGUUCCCUUCACAGAUGGCAAAAAAACAUGCCU